ACAAAGUAGCUUCUGCCGGACCGUUCGCUGACUCUGUUCGAGAUCUCGUCGGAUCGUUGGCCGCUUCUUUUCGGUUUGAAACCCUCGAUGAGUCUGCUUCUUUGCUCUGUUUGUUUUCGUGUUCUUCAUAUUUGAUCUGGGAAAGAAGAAAUUGUGGAAUUCGUUGGAGUUGGAGGCUUUGAGUUGAGGAAGAUUAUAUACUACUCCAGUCUCCAGUAGUAACUCUAUCUCCAUUGUUGAAGAAGCCCUAGUCAAGAGAUGGAUGGAAGAAAAUUAGUUGUGAUUCAAUCUUUUUGUUGGGGCUUUAUGUUUAUCUUCUUUAUGUACAUGUAUGUAGCGUGGCAAAGGAGAAAUGAAAGAGGUGUUAGGAAUAGAAUAACUAGGAAUACCGAAUUGCGUACAUCUUUUAUAGAUAGUUUGUUGGACAAUGAUGUCACUUGUAUUAGUCAAUUGAGGAUGGAUAGGAGAACAUUUGUUAUUUUAUGUCGGUUAUUACGCUAGGAUGGAUAUGUGAAAAGAGAUGGUACUGUUAUAUUGGAAGAGCAAGUGUGCAUAUUUUUGCACAUAAUUGCUCAUCAUACAAAAAACCGUACAAUUAUCAGUCGAUUCUAUAGAUCAGGGGAGACAAUUAGUAGAUAUUUCAAUUCAUUAUUGAAUGGGGUGUUGCACUUACAUUCCAUUUUGUUGAGGCAUCCUGAACCUGUGUCGGAUAAUUGCUCGGAUGAUAGAUGGAAAAUGUUUAAGAAUUGUUUGGGAGCAUUAAAUAGAACUUAUAUUAAGGUGAAAGUACCUGAAAUCGAUAAGCCAAGAUAUCGAAUAAGAAAGGGUGAGAUAGCAACAAAUGUCUUAGGUGUAUGUAACCCGAAUAUGGAAUUUAUAUUUGUAUUACCGGGUUGGGAAGGCUCCGCUUCAGAUUCCAGAGUACUUCGAGAUGCAAUAAGUAGGCCAAAUGGAAUAAAAAUACCAACCGGUUGUUAUUACUUAGUGAAUGCUGGUUACACAAAUGGUGAAGGAUUUCUUGCACCAUAUAGGGGAACAAGACAUCACCUUUCCGAAUGGAGAGAUGGUUGUGCACCCAUAAAUCAUCAAGAGUAUUUCAACAUGAAGCAUGCAUCAGCUAGGAAUAUCAUAGAAAGAUACUUUGGGGUUCUUAAAAUGCGAUGGGCAAUUUUAAGAAGUCUAUCUUUCUACCCAAUUGCAACACAAAUCAAAACCAUUACUACAUGUUGUCUGAUACAUAAUCUGAUUAGAAGAGAAAUGACACUUGAUCCUGGAGAAGUUGAAUAUGAUAGGAUGGAAAAUGUGGACAUUAAUGAAGAGGAUGACAUUAUAGGAUCAAUUGCUUCCUCGGAUCGAUGGACGAAUUGGAGAGAUGAGUUAGCUAAGCAAAUGUUUGCAAUGGAAGCUGGAGGUAGCAGUAACGAUAAUAGGGGGGAUGAAUCUAGGCGUACAUGGAGUAGAGGUGAGAAAGAAGCUUUGCUGGUUCUUUUAGAUGAAGCUGUAGCUAGUGGGCAACGUUGUGACAUGGGAGCAUUUAAACCUGGUACACUUAAUAUGAUUGAGCGGCAACUGGCUGAAAUGUGUCCUAACUCGGGAUUACGAGCAACUCCACAUAUUGAAUCGAAGCUAAAAAAGUGGAAAAAGCAAUAUGGUAUCAUAUACGACAUGCUGAACAAAAGUGGAUUUGGAUGGAAUGACACUCUUAAAUGUGUGGAGGUUGACAGUGACGAUGCUUGGAAAGCAUAUAUGCAGAGUAAUCCAAGUGCAAAAAGUUGGAGAGAUAAACCUUUUUCGAUAUAUGAGAGGCUUGCUAAUAUUUUUGGGAAGGAUCGGGCAACAGGACAUGGAGCACAAACUCCAAUUGAUUUAGUUAAUGAUAUAAAUAUGGAGCCUGACAAUGACCAAUUUGAUGAUGUGGGUUCUCCAAUGUCUAUGAAUCAACCACAUAGUCAACUGCCCACACAAUCCCAAUUAAGAGGUAAGAGGAAAGCUAAAUCGAAGGAUGUUGACAUCGUUAGCGGGUUAAACAAUAUAGCAGAUAAGUUUAUUGAUAAAUUGGCUACACAGUUAGACAAGUUGGAGAAGUCUGAUAUCAACUAUCCACAAUACUUAGCUAUGGAGCUUGACAGGUUAGGAUUCCCUAUUACUGACAAUCUCAAAAUCUCUAAGGCAAUGAGAUCGGAUCCAUCGAACGUUGAGGUUUUCAAGAUUAUUAAAACUGAUGCGCAGAAGAUUGAAUUUGCUUGUGGAUUUUUGGAUAACUAAAUUAGUAUUGUUGUGGAUUAUAUAUCUAUGGAUAUGUAUGAGAGGAUGACAACUAUGAACAUUUGGAAUUGAAACUUAUGGACAUAUAUUGUAACGUAUUGAAUGUUGGUUUCUAAUUAUGCAUGUACGGAUAAUUUUAUUAUUA